AUGCCUUCGGAAGAGACAAAGGAGAGAGUCAUGAAGGCGGUCGAGUUUGGACGCGUCGUCCUCCACUACGGCUGGAUCCCCUUCAUCAUCUACGUUGGCUACACCCGUAGCAACCCUCAGCCGUCGCUGAUAAAGUUGAUCAGUCCUCUCGCAUGAUUCAUGUACUACCCUGUAUAUAAUUCCUGCCUGCUAGCAUUCGUUUCUCCAGAAGGACGCUUCCUCGUGUGAUAUCGUGACGCUGUUCUGUACAAGGAACGUGCUCGAGGGGCCUCUUGAUAAUUACAGUAAGGAUACAAGCAGAACAGCGAUGAAGCUAUAAAUUACAAGUUUAAAUUACAAGUAUAUUCCUCGU